AUGGCGGCCAGCUUGAUACGACCCAAGGUUGCCUGUAUCGAAGCUGGAAAAGAGAACAUCCCGCCAUCGAAAGCAACUAGGCUGAGUGGUGGUUCUACAAAUUCGCUGGACCGCCUGAUAAAACCUUUCAAGUGUCCUGGGUCAUCUACAGUCUCUCGAACAUCAGAAAAGCCAGCAAGGAAGCGGCGGAAAGUCAACUAUGCAAAUGCAGACGGGGAGGCGGAGGAUGGGGACAAGCCAUGGACAAAUGAAGAUCGCCUUGCUCUUGCAAACCGAGAGGCAAACCGAUUUCCUAUAUUUCAGGUCAAGGACAAAGAGUCAACCUUUCGAGCGCGAUUUGCUGUCCCCAUGGUCAACAAGAAUGCGGGAGGUUACAAUUCUUCUGGACCGUCCCGGUCCUUGGGCAUGAGGACUGGCGCAUCAUUUAUUGUCAAACCACUGCAUGACCCAAGCGGGGAAUUCGCAAUUGUCCUGUACGACCCGACCGUCGACGGUAAACCUAACACUGGUCCGGGGGAUGUCGGGGUCGGGGCCAAAGAGAAAGAAAAGGCAGUUCUAGAUGUCCCGUUGAUGCACAAGACUCUAGCCGAUAUUCUGGGCCUCAAGAAGAAAGUUGAAGAACGAGCGAAGGUGCCAGUAGUGAUUGAUCCCAAGCUGGCAAAAGUUCUCCGGCCACAUCAAGUAGAGGGUGUGAGGUUCCUAUACCGGUGCACGACAGGUCUGAUCGAUGAGAAUGCUCAUGGAUGUAUCAUGGCAGACGAGAUGGGACUGGGUAAAACGUUACAAUGUAUCGCCUUGAUGUGGACAUUGUUGAAGCAAUCACCGGAUGCAGGAAAGACAACGAUUCAGAAAUGUGUUAUCGCUUGUCCUUCGAGCUUGGUCCGAAAUUGGGCCAACGAGCUUGUGAAAUGGCUUGGUCCAGAUGCUGUCACACCGUUUGCUAUUGAUGGAAAAGCAUCUAAAGCAGAAUUAACGUCGCAACUGAGACAAUGGGCAAUCGCGUCAGGACGAGCAGUUACUAGGCCAGUACUGAUCGUGUCGUAUGAGACUUUGAGACUCAACGCCAAUGAAUUGGCUGAUACUAAGAUUGGACUUUUGCUUUGCGAUGAAGGUCAUCGGUUGAAAAAUGGGGAAAGUCUGACCUUUACGGCUCUCAACGCUUUGAAGGUAGACCGUCGUGUCAUCCUUUCAGGAACUCCUAUCCAGAAUGAUCUGACAGAGUAUUAUUCGCUCAUCACUUUUGCCAACCCCAAUUAUCUGGGAUCCCAGAACGACUUCCGCAAGAAGUUCGAGUUACCCAUCCUCCGUGGACGAGAUGCGGCAGGUUCUGACGCAGAUCGGCAGAGAGGGAACGAGGCCACUGCGGAGCUACUACGGUUGGUGAACAAGUUCAUCAUUCGCAGAACGAAUGACAUUCUUUCGAAGUACCUACCCGUCAAAUACGAGCAUGUCGUCUUUUGUAAGAUGGCUCCCUUUCAGCUUGACUUGUACAACCACUUCAUCCACAGCCCUGACAUCAAGAGCCUCCUCCGAGGCAAGGGCAGCCAGCCAUUGAAGGCAAUUGGCAUUUUGAAGAAACUGUGCAACCAUCCUGACCUGCUCGAUCUCGCAACUGAUCUUCCCGGUAGCGAAAAGUAUUGGCCGGAUGAUUAUGUUCCCAAAGACUCUCGAGGCCGCGAUCGUGAUGUGAAGCCGUGGUAUUCGGGCAAGAUGCAAGUUCUAGAUCGCAUGUUAGCACGGAUAAGACAAGACACCAAUGACAAAAUUGUCUUGAUCAGCAAUUACACGCAAACGCUUGAUGUCUUUGAAAGGCUGUGUAGGUCAAGAGCCUAUGGCUGUCUCCGCCUUGAUGGCACCAUGAAUGUCAGCAAGAGACAGAAGCUUGUCGACAAGUUCAACAAUCCCGAAGGUGAGGAAUUCGUCUUCCUCCUUAGCAGCAAGGCUGGUGGGUGUGGGCUGAAUUUGAUUGGUGCCAACCGACUCGUGCUUUUUGAUCCUGACUGGAAUCCAGCAGCGGAUCAACAGGCAUUGGCUCGAGUUUGGCGUGAUGGACAAAAGAAAGACUGUUUCGUCUACCGAUUCAUGGGCACAGGAACGAUCGAGGAGAAGAUUUUCCAACGACAAUCUCACAAGCAGGCACUGUCAUCCUGCGUGGUCGAUUCGGCUGAAGAUGUAGAGCGGCAUUUCACACUGGACUCGUUGCGAGAGCUGUUCCAAUUCAAGCCGGACACCACGAGCGAUACUCACGAUACGUUCAAAUGCAAGAGAUGUCGGCCAGAUGGAACUCAGCACAUCAAAGCGCCGGCUAUGCUGUACGGUGACACCAGCACCUGGAACCACUUUGUCAACUCAGGAGGGGAAUGUGGGCCCUUGUCGAAGAUACAGGAUCUGCUGCUCAGACAGGAGACUACAGAGGACGCGGUGAGCGCUGUCUUCCAAUAUAUAAGCCAUUGA